UUGAUAUUGAACAUUUAAAGAAUAGAAUACAAAUAAUUGGUGUUUAGCCAAGCUUAGAAUUUUAUGUGAGGUUGUGUCAGGGAUUAUACAGGUGGGCGUCGGUAAAACAGUCGCCCCGGUCCGGUGGACCGACAGUCGACACGCAAGCCAUACAGGUAGGUUAACAUUUACGGUCUGUCGCAUUUCGUGGUCCCGUGCGAACUGUCGCGGCCCUUACGUUCUAAUAUCGCGAAAUGCCCGAAGUUUUGUGACCUGUGAACCGGUGUUUGUGAUCACAAGUGUCUAUACUAAGUGUGUGUGAUAUGACGAGCUCCAGUGCUGGCGCCUGAUCGAGAAGCAGAUCAUAACGGUCGAAACGGUGACCACAUGUCGGCUACAUCAUGGUGAUCGUUACCAGAGGAGAUUACAUAUGGAUCGAGCCAGUAUCCGGUCGAGAAUUCGACGUGGCCAUCGGUGCAAGGGUGCUUGCGGCAGAGGGCCGUCGGAUCCGCGUGCGAGAUGACGAUGGGCAGGAGCAGUGGCUGCCGCCGGAGCGUCGCAUCAAGGCGAUGCAUGCGACCUCCGUGCAUGGCGUGGAGGACAUGAUAUCGUUAGGAGAUCUGCAUGAAGCGGGCAUACUCAGGAACCUUCUUAUAAGAUACAAUGAUAACCUCAUUUAUACCUACACAGGUUCCAUCCUAGUAGCGGUGAACCCUUACCAAAUUCUGCCCAUAUACACCGCGGACCAGAUAAAAUUGUACAAGGAGCGGAAGAUAGGCGAGUUGCCCCCACACAUAUUCGCAAUUGGCGACAACGCGUACGCACACAUGCGCCGCUACGGGCAGGACCAGUGCAUCGUCAUCAGCGGCGAGUCCGGUGCUGGAAAGACUGAGUCCACUAAGCUCAUAUUGCAGUAUCUUGCAGCGAUCAGCGGGAAACACUCUUGGAUUGAACAACAGAUAUUAGAAGCAAAUCCCAUCCUCGAAGCCUUUGGCAAUGCAAAAACUGUAAGAAACGAUAAUUCUUCACGCUUCGGUAAAUACAUAGAUAUUCAUUUUAACAGCAAUGGUGUUAUUGAAGGUGCCAAAAUAGAACAAUAUCUAUUAGAAAAGUCGAGAAUAGUCUUUCAAGGUCCGGAGGAGAGGAAUUAUCACGUGUUUUACUGUCUUCUGGCUGGUUUAUCUAAAGAAGAGAAGAAAAAAUUGGAGUUAGGAGAAGCGUCAGAAUAUAGAUAUUUAUCUGCAGGAGGUAAUUUCAGUUGUGAAGGAAGAGAUGAUGCGGCCGAGUUUGCUGACAUUCGAUCAGCAAUGAAAGUGUUGCUAUUCACUGAAGCUGAAAUAUGGGAAAUACUGAAAUUAUUAGCGGCUGUGUUACAUUGUGGCAACAUUAAAUACGAAGCUACAGUAGUGGAUAAUUUAGACGCUACAGAGAUUAUAGAACAGUCAAAUGUCAGACGAGUUGGCAAUCUACUAGGAGUUCCAGUACCAUCAUUAAUAAAUGCUUUGACUAGGAAAACGUUGUUUGCUCAUGGCGAAACAGUGGUAUCAACGCUUAGUAAGAACCAAUCGGUAGAUAUCAGAGACGCGUUUGUUAAAGGUAUAUAUGGCCGAUUAUUUGUAACUAUUGUCAAGAAAAUUAACGCUGCUAUAUAUAAACCAAAGGCGACAAUGCGUACUGCUAUCGGUGUCUUGGAUAUAUUUGGAUUCGAAAACUUUGACCACAAUAGCUUUGAACAAUUUUGUAUAAACUUCGCUAAUGAAAAUCUACAACAGUUCUUCGUUAGGCAUAUCUUUAAACUUGAGCAGGAAGAAUAUAACCACGAAGGAAUUAACUGGCAACAUAUAGAAUUCGUUGACAAUCAAGAUGCAUUAGACUUGAUUGCUUUGAAGCAGCUGAAUAUAAUGGCGUUAAUUGACGAAGAAUCGAAAUUCCCUAAGGGUACCGACCAAACAAUGUUGGCCAAAUUGCACAAAACUCAUGGUCUUCAUAGAAACUACCUCAAACCGAAGUCAGAUAUUAACACUAGUUUUGGAUUAAAUCAUUUUGCUGGUAUUGUAUUUUAUGAUACGCGAGGAUUUUUAGAGAAAAACCGGGACACCUUCAGUGCUGAUCUGCUACAGUUAAUUCAUAUAUCUACAAACAAAUUCCUUCAACAAAUUUUCCAGGAUGAUAUUGUUAUGGGAUCGGAAACAAGAAAGCGAACUCCAACGCUAUCAACUCAGUUCAAAAAAUCAUUAGACCUAUUAAUGAGGACGCUUGGAACUUGCCAGCCGUUCUUCAUUCGAUGUAUUAAACCAAAUGAAUUCAAAAAACCUAUGAUGUUCGAUCGUGGAUUAUGUUGCCGCCAACUCCGCUAUUCAGGUAUGAUGGAAACUAUUAGAAUUAGGAGAGCUGGAUAUCCGAUAAGACACAGUUUUAAAGAAUUCGUCGAACGUUAUCGCUUCCUAAUUUCUGGCGUUCCACCCGCCCAUAAAACAGACUGCAGGAAUGCAACAGCAAAAAUUUGUGCCACCGUGUUAGGAAAGUCAGAUUAUCAGCUAGGCCAUACCAAAGUAUUUCUUAAGGAUGCUCACGACUUAUUCCUGGAGCAAGAACGUGACAGAGUUCUUACUAGAAAAAUAUUGAUAUUGCAAAGAUCUAUACGGGGUUGGGUGUAUAGGCGACGUUUCUUAAAAAUGCGCGCUGCUGCUAUUUUAAUUCAGCGACAUUGGCGAGGAAAAUUGCAAAGAAUUAGGUACAAUAAGAUGAAGGUGGGAUAUGCGAGACUGCAAGCUUUGAUCCGAGCGAGAGUCCUGGCUCAUCGGUUUAGACAUUUGCGAGGACAUAUUGUGUCAUUGCAGGCGGCAGCGCGCGGCUACCUCGUGCGGCGCUCGUACGGGCACAAGAUGUGGGCGAUAGUGAAAAUACAGAGCCACGUGCGGCGGCUGAUCGCGAUGCGGCGCUACCGGCGCAUGCGGCAGGACGCGCUCGCGCACACCGAGGCGCUGCGCCUGCGCCGCCAGGAGGAGCAGCGCCUGCAGCACCAGGGCAACACGCGGGCCAAGGAGAUCGCCGAGCAGAACUAUAGAGAACGCAUGUACGAGCUCGAACGGAGGGAAGCUGAAUUGGCUCUAGAAGAGAAACGGCAGUUAGAAGCAAAGCGCACAUUAUUGCAAGAAGCAGCUCGGAAGCAAGACGAGCCUGUGGAUGACAGUAAGCUCGUGGAGGCCAUGUUCGACUUCCUCCCUGACUCUAGUAGCGAAGCACCAGCUCCUAAGGAUACUUGUGCGUUCAGUGACUUGCCCCAGCAGAGGGCGGAUCAACAAGAGAUGGUGACUCCAGUCCAAACAACCUCUGAAGAUGAGGAAGACCUAUCGGAGUUUAAGUUCCAAAAGUUUGCAGCUACGUAUUUCCAGGGCAAUGUCACGCACCAAUAUUCGCGGAAACCGUUAAAGCAUCCCUUGCUACCUUUACAUACGCAAGGCGAUCAAUUGGCAGCACAAGCGUUAUGGAUUACAAUAUUGAGGUUUACUGGAGACCUUCCCGAACCAAGAUAUCACACCAUGGACAGAGACAAUACAUCUGUUAUGUCAAAAGUAACGGCUACCCUUGGGAGAAAUUUCAUCAGGUCGAAAGAAUUUCAGGAAGCGCAAAUGAUGGGCGUUGAUCCCGAUGCAUAUUUAAACAAACAGAAGCCAAGGUCUAUUAGACAUAAACUUGUUUCGUUAACACUCAAAAGAAAGAACAAACUCGGGGAGGAUGUUAGGAGAAAGCUUCAGGACGAAGAGUAUACAGCGGACAGUUAUCAAUCGUGGUUGGAAUCGCGACCAACUUCAAAUUUAGAAAAACUGCAUUUUAUUAUCGGCCACGGCAUUCUUCGAGCGGAGUUGAGAGAUGAAAUUUAUUGCCAAAUCUGUAAACAGUUAACCAAUAAUCCAUCGAAGUCGUCGCAUGCUCGAGGAUGGAUUUUACUUUCAUUAUGUGUUGGCUGCUUUGCUCCAAGUGAAAAAUUUGUUAAUUAUCUCAGGGCAUUUAUUAGGGAAGGCCCUCCUGGGUACGCGCCUUACUGUGAGGAUCGUCUUAAGAGAACUUUUAAUAACGGAACAAGAAAUCAACCUCCAUCAUGGUUGGAACUACAGGCAACUAAAUCUAAAAAACCAAUUAUGCUUCCUAUAACAUUUAUGGAUGGAAAUACGAAAACAUUGUUAGCUGAUUCCGCAACAACUGCUAGAGAAUUAUGUAAUCAACUGUCAGAUAAAAUUGGUUUACGCGAUCAGUUCGGUUUUUCAUUGUACAUUGCGUUAUUUGAUAAAGUUAGUUCACUCGGUAGUGGUGGUGAUCACGUUAUGGACGCUAUAUCUCAAUGUGAACAAUAUGCCAAAGAACAAGGCGCCCAAGAAAGGAACGCACCGUGGAGACUUUUCUUCCGUAAGGAAAUAUUUGCUCCUUGGCAUGACCCUACUGAGGAUCAAGUUGCGACAAAUCUUAUUUACCAACAAGUUGUGAGGGGUGUCAAAUUCGGAGAAUACAGAUGUGAUAAGGAAGAGGAUUUGGCAAUGAUCGCUGCUCAGCAAUAUUACAUAGAGUAUGGUCAAGAUAUGAACAACGAACGUCUUUACACAUUAUUGCCAAAUUACAUACCAGACUAUUGUUUAACCGGUGUCGAAAAGGCCGUCGAUAGGUGGAGUGCUCUCGUGGUGCAAGCGUACAAAAAAAGUUAUUAUGUAAAAGAAAAAGUUCCUGCUUAUAGAGUUAAAGAAGAUGUAGUGAGUUACGCUAAGUUCAAAUGGCCUUUAUUAUUCUCAAGAUUUUAUGAGGCGUACAGAAAUUCUGGGCCAAAUCUACCGAAAAACGAUGUCAUCAUUGCUGUGAAUUGGACUGGAGUGUAUGUCGUCGAUGAUCAAGAACAAGUGCUUCUUGAGUUAUCCUUCCCGGAAAUAACAACAGUUUCCAGCCAAAAGACUAACAAAGUGUUUACACAAACUUUUAGUUUAUCUACAGUGCGAGGUGAAGAGUUCACAUUCCAAAGUCCUAAUGCUGAAGAUAUUAGAGAUUUAGUUGUUUAUUUCUUGGAGGGCUUGAAGAAAAGAUCGAAAUUCGUUAUUGCUUUACAAGAUUAUAAAGCUCCUGGAGAAGGGUCUAGUUUUCUGACUUUCCAAAAAGGUGAUCUUAUUAUAUUAGAAGAGGAUAGUACCGGCGAAUCCGUUCUAAAUAAUGGUUGGUGUAUAGGUCGUUGUGAGAGAACAAUGGAGCGAGGAGACUUCCCGGCCGAAACAGUUUAUGUUCUUCCAGCUUUAACAAAACCGCCUCCGGACAUACUAUCUCUAUUUUGUCAAGAAGGAGCACAACAUGGUCGCAGAGCCCCGACGAGCACAUUUAACGGAACAGACGCAAGGGACAAACCUCACACAUUGUUGGAAUAUGCUCUAGACCAUUUCAGAUUACCGCCAAAACGGACAACAUCCAAAACACUCACGCUUUCCUCGGCUAAAAGAGGUGGUGCUGAAGAAUUAUGGCGACAUUCUAGAGAACCUAUAAAACAACCUUUGCUCAAAAAAUUACAAGCCAAAGAGGAGUUAGCCGAAGAAGCAUGUUUUGCCUUCACUGCCAUACUUAAAUAUAUGGGUGAUUUGCCUUCAAAACGUCCGAGGAUCGGUAAUGAGUACACAGACCAUAUAUUUGACGGACCACUGAAGCAUGAAAUAUUACGAGACGAAAUAUACUGCCAAGUUAUGAAACAGUUGACGGAUAACAGAAACAGGAUGUCUGAAGAAAGAGGAUGGGAGCUAAUGUGGUUGGCGACCGGAUUGUUUGCGUGUAGUCAAGGUCUCCUUAGAGAAUUAACGCUAUUCCUUAGAACUAGAAGAUAUCCUAUUGCUCAAGAUUCGCUUCAGAGACUUCAGAAAACUUUACGAAACGGCCAAAGGAAAUAUCCUCCGCAUCAGGUGGAAGUAGAAGCUAUACAGCAUAAAACUACUCAAAUAUUCCAUAAAGUGUACUUCCCUGACGAUACUGACGAGGCGUUCGAAGUAGAUUCGUCUACUAGAGCAAAAGAUUUCUGCCAAAAUAUAGCGCAAAGAUUGAACCUUCGAUCUAGCGAAGGCUUUAGUUUGUUCGUUAAAAUAGCGGACAAAGUCAUAUCCGUCCCGGAAGGUGACUUUUUCUUCGAUUUCGUGCGACACUUGACGGAUUGGAUCAAGAAGGCCAGACCGACGCGCGAUGGAAUUACUCCCCAAUUUACAUAUCAGGUAUUCUUCAUGAAGAAGCUAUGGACGAACACGGUCCCGGGCAAGGAUCGCGCCGCGGACGUGAUCUUCCACUUCCAUCAGGAGCUGCCGAAACUGCUCCGCGGAUACCACCGCUGCGGGCGGGACGAGGCCGCGCGCCUCGCCGCGCUCGCCUACCGCGCGCGCUUCGGCGACAACAAGCAGGAGCUGCAGGCUAUACCACAAAUGCUACGCGAAUUGGUGCCAGCCGAUCUUAUCAAACUACAAAGUUCCGCCGACUGGAAGCGUGCUAUCGUCGCAUCGUACAACCAAGACGCAGGAAUGACUCCUGAGGAUGCUAAAAUAACAUUCCUGAAGGUCAUCUAUCGGUGGCCAACCUUCGGGUCCGCUUUCUUCGAAGUGAAGCAGACGACUGAGCCAAAUUACCCAGAACUGUUGUUGAUCGCCAUCAAUAAGCACGGUGUUAGCUUAAUACAUCCGCAGUCGAAGGAUAUCCUAGUGACCCACCCCUUCACCAGGAUAUCCAACUGGUCCUCCGGCAACACGUACUUCCACAUGACGAUCGGCAACCUCGUGCGAGGGUCCAAACUCCUCUGCGAGACCUCCCUCGGCUACAAGAUGGAUGACCUCCUCACCUCCUACAUCUCCCUCAUGCUCACCAAUAUGAAUAAACAGCGAUCUAUGCGCGUUAAGUAAACAUAGUUAAGAGGAUUUGAAAUGCAAAAGUAUUUUAAAUUAGCUUCAGAUUCAUUUGGGAAUUAGAUAUGUAACAUUGAUUUAAGGUCCUUUUUUGUUUAAUUUUUGAGUUUAAUACCUUUUUUUAACACUAAUUAUCUUAAUUAUUAGAAUUUUCAUAAAAAUGUUUAACCUUUUAUCUUUAUACUUAAAAUCUAUAGCAUGCAGGGAUCACGUUUUUAUCCCACGGUGAACAAAACAAACUCUUUAAAUUUAUAUAUUUAAUAUAGCUACGAUGUUACAUAUCUGAUGUACAUUUGAUACUCAAUAAAAUGUUAUCAAACAUAGGACAUAUAUAUUAAAUGUCGCUUACGGUGGCGAUAUAUCAAAAUGAGAUAGGUGCUUUACAAUUAGCUUGCAUACAAUACAUACCGGUUAUAUGUACCUUAUCAAUGCGCUUAUGCGAUCCUAAUCAAUACUUCAAAUUUGUAUUCAGAAGUCCGUCCAUUAAAAAACACUAGAUUUUAAUUAUAACAAUGUUAAAAUUAACGAUACGAAUAUUUACGACAUUGAACAAGUAAUUAAGUACAAUACAUUUGUUGCUAAAUAGCAUAUGAAAAUUAAAUUAUCAUAUUAAAGACUUAAUAAUGCUAUAUUAUUUUUCGAAAUUGCGUUCAAAUAGAGUAUAUAUAGCUAUUCUAACGCAGUACAGAUUAUUUUUUUGUUUAGUAAAAAUAAGAGAAGAUCUGUUUAAAUUAAUAAUAUUUAUUCUUAAAUUAUAAUGGUUAAGGUGUAUACAGUUUAUUAGGACCACAGAAACCUAAUAUUUACGGAAGAAAUAUUUGUAAAAAGUGAUUUUUCUGCAUUAAAUAAAUAUCACUCGAAUAGUUUACAAAAAGGAAAUCAAUUUAAUAUAAAAAAUACCUACUUGUUUUUAAAACGUAAAUCAAUGAUAUUAGAAUCUCAAAUUUUGAGAAAGAUAAUAUGAUUAAACACUAGUAACUGUUUUUAUAAAAAGGUAUAUAAUAUUUAUACCUUCUAUCAGAAGUGUUACAUAUUAUGACUGUUUUUAUAUCCAACUCCAUGCUACGAAGUACGAAGUAGUAUUUACCUUUCUUGUAUCUCGAAUAACUGUUACUUUUGUAUCGGCAAUAGACAAUAAUAUUAAAUACUUUCCAUUGUCCACAUUUGUAGUCUUUUACAAAUUUUACAAAGUGUUAUUUCAUUAUAUUUAUAAGAGCGUAUGUUAAUCGAAUUGUGUAUUUACUGAUAAUGUUAUAUAAGCUGUUUUAUAAUGCCAUGAGUUCGGACUCUACACAAUGUUUGUUAUAAUAUUCGCUUUAAUAAAGUCGCCUCUGUGAAUGGUUGUUAACACGAGUCACAA